AGAGCUAAAGCCCCCAAGUCCCAACAACCCCUCUCUCAUGCCCAUUGUUUCUCCAGAUCUUUCUUAUCUAUAAGGAUUUUUGAAGUCCCAAAUUUUAUCAAUGGUUUAUAGAAAAACAAUGUUCCCUUAUCUUUUAUUGCUGCUGUUAGCACACCCUGCGUGGGUGACCACAGCAGAUCUAGUAAAUAAUUGUUCAUUAGUUAAAAACAUAUUCAUUUUAGCAGGGCAAAGCAACAUUUCAGGCCGAGGCGGCGUGAUUAAUCACUCACUCCACCCCCUCAAUCAGUCGUGGGAUGGUGUCAUCCCACGACAAUGCGAGUCCAAUCCAUCAAUCCUCCGAUUAAGCGGAGGACUAAGAUGGGUUGAGGCUCAAGAACCACUUCACAAAGACAUAGAUGUGAACAACACUGUUGGGGUUGGUCCAGGGAUGCCAUUUGCCAAUACAGUAUUGAAAAAAGAUCCAAGUAUUGGAGUGAUUGGGCUUGUUCCUUGUGCAGUUGGGGGAACGACUAUUACUGAAUGGGCUCCUGGUGGAUUCCUUUACAAGCAGAUGAUUAAGAGGACUAAGGUUGCUACUCGAUGUGGUGGAACGAUCAGGGCGAUGUUGUGGUACCAAGGUGAGAGUGAUACAACAACACUUGAGGAUGCUAAAAUGUAUAAGGUCAGAUUGGAGAGAUUCUUCAAGCAUGUGCGAAAUGAUCUGGAGUUGCCUAAUCUCCAAGUGAUUCAGGUGGGAAUUGCAACAGCACUAGGCCCAUACAUGGAGUUGGUCAGGAAAGCCCAGCAAGAAAUCAAUAUUGGGACUGUGAAAUAUGUGGAUGCCAAAGGGUUGCAGAUUGGACCAGACUACACACACCUUACAACUUCUGCACAAGUUCAGCUUGGACAGAUGCUGGCUGAUGCCUUCCUUCGCAAUUAGACAAAUAGCCUAAUUUCAGAGUCUGCAAAGAUUUUGGUUGAAAAAUGCAACUAUUUCAGAAGAAAUUGGAGGGAUAGAAAAAUGUUGUUACUCUUAUCUCACAUUUUCUACCCUCAUGUAACAAUAUUAAAAAGAGUAAACAACUUCAUUUACAUGGUCUACAAAUUUCACGCAGAGUCUAUGCUUAUUGUUUUCGUUCGUUCUCGAAACGAAUUAUUAGAUAAUUGUUUUAUCUCAUGCUAUUUCAUUGA